AUGAAUAGUUUUAGAAAGCUUUUAAAAGGUCCUGGCUUCUCUUAUUGCUUGUAGAACAAAAGAAUUUCUGAGAUCCAAAGAUUGAUUUAAAAUAAUGUAGAGUGGUCAAAAAAUAUCAUAAAAGAAGAUCCAAAAUUUUUUGAUGAGCUAGCCAAAUAAUAAACACCUAAAUUUUUAUGGAUUGGUUGCUCAGAUAGUAGAGUGGCUGCUGAGAGAUUAACAGGGACUCAUCCUGGAGAAUUGUUUGUUCAUAGAAAUGUUGCAAACUAAGUCAUCCACACUGACUUAAACUGUCUUUCAGUAGUUCAAUUUGCUGUAGACGUUUUGAAAGUAAAGCAUGUUAUUGUUUGUGGGCACUAUUCAUGUGGUGGUGUAGCUGCUUCAAUCACUAAUCCCAAACUUGGAUUAAUUAAUAACUGGAUUUUGCAUAUUAGAGAUUUAUACUUGAAGCAUUAAGAAUAUUUAAAAAAGUUCGAAGGCUAAGAACAAGUUGAUAAAUUGUGUGAGAUUAAUGUUGCUGAGUAGGUUUACAAUCUUGGAAACAGCACAAUCAUGUAGGGAGCAUGGGAUAGAGGUUAAUAGGUAUAUAUUCAUGGUUGGAUUUAUGGAGUAAAGGAUGGUAGAGUUACAGAUUUAGACCUCCAAGCUUGUAACUCUGAAGAACUUGUCAAAAAAUACUAUUCUUAUAUUAACAGUUUAAAAAAUUCAAAUUAAUGA